AUGGCGGCUAAUCUCGAAUCUAUGAAGCACCUCUCUCCGGACUCCGGGUUCCCGAUUACGAUCCAUCCGCACUUCUCGCCUAAGAUUAGAGAUCACAUCCCUCCGGAUCCGAUUCGGGAGGAGAUAUUCCCGGACAAGGACCGGGCAUCAUUUGCGAAUCCCGAAAAGAAGGCGCUAUUCGCGGUCGCUAAACCGGUUGACCUCACGGAGUCCAUCGGAACCGUUCUGGAGAACGUGCAACUCUCGCAGCUAACUCCGCAGCAACUGGAUGAGCUUGCGCUGCUGGUCAAUGAGCGUGGCGUGGUAUUCUUCCGUAACCAAGACCUGACGACCGAUGGACAGGUUAAACUAUUCGAGCACUAUGGGACUUUAGAUCGGCACCCUGCCCAAAAGGAUGUGCGCCACUUCGUAAUUCGAGGCAGCCGCGAGGAUCAUCGAGAGAUCAACAAAUACACUCCAUGGCCAUCAGGGGAUUGGCAUGCCGAUACUUCCUUUGAAAUCAAUCCUCCGUCAUACUCCUUACUUCGCAUGGAAGAGCACCCUCCUGUUGGUGGAGACACCGCCUGGGUUUCUGGCUACGGUUUGUACGACACAUUGAGCGAUGCGAUGAAGAAAUUCGUCGAGGGCCUGCACGCAGUACAUACGUCGCGGUUGCAGUACGAUACGAUCUUGGACCUAUGGGGUCUUGGGCCAAAUCGCCCUCCGAUCGAUUCCCAUCAUCCAGCUGUCCGGACGCAUCCGGUGACCAGAUUGAAGGCGUUAAACGUGAACACCGGAUUCGUGACCGGGUUUGCCGAACUCAAGAAGCAUGAAUCGGAUAAGCUGCUAGAUUUCUUCGACUACCACCUCCAUUCCGCGGAUGACCACUCCGUUAGGUGGAAGUGGGACGUUGGGAGCGUUGCGAUGUGGGAUAAUCGAUGCGUAUUGCAUCGAGUUAUUCCAGGCUCGUACGAGGCGCCUCGAAGGGGUAUCCGUACGACGGUCUUUGGGGAGAAACCGUUUUAUGAUCCAACAAGCGAAGGGAGAGCGGAGAGAGAGCGAAGACUCGAGAAGGCGGCAGCCAACUGA